UGUUUUUGUUGUCCCCUUUUUUUCCUUUCUCUAUAUUUGUGUGUUUCUUGACUUUUCAUCUUCAUUUUACUCAUGUAAGUUGAAGUGUUUGUGUAAAUUCCUCAAAGAGAUUGUAGAAAAAAUUAUAGAAGGAUGAGGAUGGUAAGAGCCAUUGAUUCUUCAGAAUGUCCUAGUAUUUGUGGGUUCUUGGUUGUUGAAGCUUAUCCCAAAAGGUACUCUUCCAAGAUCCCUUCUGAUUUAGUCCUUUUCUUGGGUCUUGGAUUCAUAGAUUGGUAAUACUAUACAUUGAAAAAGAUACACAAAUUAUAUUAUAUAGUUCUGUUUAUUAGAGGUGAAAAAAAAGAGGUUAAUUUGGGGAAUAAAGAUUAUGGGGUUUGCAAGAUUUACUCAGUUUCUCUCACCUGUCUUUGAAGGGUUUAAUGAGAUUCUUGGGUUAGGGUUGAAUACAGUGUUCAUCUAGUUUUUCUUUCGACUUGUAUGUUAUUUUUGACUAUUUUGUUAUUUGGGUUUUUUGAGGGUUUGUAGUUAUGUGAUGAAUAAGUAAAAAGGAUUUGAUGGUGGUGUAAAUGUUGUUGUUGUUGUUGGGAUUAGUAUGAUGGAUGUGUUGUUUGUAAAGAUUGAAUUUUUUUCAAGAAAGUUCAUUUGGGUACUUAAGAAUUGGAGCUAGGAUUAGUAAUUAGAGAGUCCCUAUUUUCAAGGGAGAAAUUUGUGAAAUGGUAGAUACUCUUCUUACAACUCUGUCAAUGGAGAAUCAUCAUCCUUCAACCCUUUUGUCCAUGGAUUCCAGUGCUUCUUCUUCACAUGAUGAAUUAGACCUUGAGAUGAAUCGCCAAGUUGUCAUAACUCGUCCCCCUGAUAUUAAUUUGCCCUUAUCAGCUGACCGUAGCUCGCCUACUCAGCCGUGGAAUGAUAUUCUUGAUGUCGGGUUAGGGACACAGAUCUAUGAAACUGAAACUUUCCUUAGUGUGCCUAAAGUAGGGAGGAAAUGUGCAAAACGUGUAGAUAGCAUCUGGGGUGCUUGGUUUUUCUUUAGUUUCUAUUUUAAGCCUGUUCUAAAUGAGAAAUCUAAGGCUAAGAUGAUCCGGGAUAGUAAUGGAAUUUCCGGGUUUGAUAAAAGUGAUCUCCAGCUUGAUGUUUUCAUGGUUCAACAUGAUAUGGAGAAUAUGUAUAUGUGGGUAUUUAAGGAUAGACCUGAGAAUGCAUUGGGUAAGAUGCAGCUACGGAGUUACAUGAAUGGGCAUUCUCGACAAGGGGAACGUCCAUUUCCAUUUAGCGCUGAUAGGGGUUUCAUUCGAUCUCAUAGGAUGCAAAGGAAGCAUUACAGAGGCCUAUCAAAUCCUCAGUGUGUUCAUGGGAUUGAGAUUGUGUCGUCUCCCAAUCUCAUGGUUCUUGAUGAAGAGGAGCGCAAAAGAUGGAAGGAACUCACUGGUAGGGAUGCGAACUUCACUAUCCCACCGGAAGCUAGUGAUUUCAGUACAUGGAGAAACCUCCCCAACACCGAAUUUGAGCUUGAGAGGCCGCUUCCGCCAAUAAAGGGUAACCCACAGUCCAACUCAAAGAAGCUGCUUAAUGGUUCUGGACUUAAUUUGUCAACUCAGCCGUCCAAUCAUAGCAAUGGAGACGCAAUGGAUCUACUACCUGUCAACGGCAAAAGGAAAAAGGACUUCUUCUCAAAUGGAACUGAAGAAGAGUGUUAUCUGCAAGUGAAUCCUCCUUCCUAUCAAAUUCCAGACCUUGAAAUUCACCCAAAUGAACCGAAUUGGUUAAAUGAAUUUACUGGGGUGAUGAGGGAUGCUUAUGGCCCUGUUACAGCUGCAAAAAGUAUCUACGAAGAUGAAGAAGGUUAUUUGAUCGUAAUCAGCUUGCCAUUUGUAGAUCUUCAAAGAGUCAAAGUUUCAUGGCGGAACACACCCACACAUGGGAUAAUUAAGGUGUCUUGUCUGAGCACAUCUCGGAUCCCGUUCAUCAAGAGACAGAAUAGAACUUUCAAGCUUCAAGUUUCAUCCUCAGAACACUGCCUUCCAGGAGAGUUCGUUCGAGAAAUUCCUCUUCCAGCCAGAAUUCCUGAAGAUGCUAAACUUGAAGCAUAUUAUGAUGAAUCAGGAACGGUGCUGGAGAUAUUGGUGCCAAAAGUUCGCGAUGGUCCAGAAGAAGAACAUGAAGUUCGGGUUUGUCUCCGUCCUCACCUUGUUGGAAAUGACCUGAUGUUGACCUAGACGUGUACUUGGAGUAACGCAUAGGUGGUUGUUAGGGCUGGUGCUUCGUUCAGCACCAACUUUGUAGUAUCUGUAGUGUGGUUUUAUCAAAACACACUAAAUGUUGUGGUUGGCAGUUGUUUAUCUUAACUAGUUUUUAUUGUAACAGUGUUUGCUAUGAAAUUUCACCAGUUGGUUUAUUAGUAUAGUCACUGAUAUUGUGUUCA